UUAAACCCAAACCUAAACAUCUUUUAAAUUACUCGCUAUUUGUGUAUUGAUUUAAAAAAUAAAUAAAUAAUUUGAAUUGGAAUUUAUAAAUAUUUAAGAAAAAUCAAAGUACCUGGACAACAUGGCUGAUGAAGCAGAACAGAUCCUGGCGAUCAAUGUCAAGGAACCUUUGGAUUUAAUAAAACUGAGUAUUGAUGAAAGGAUUUAUGUCAAGAUGAGGAACGAGCGUGAAUUGCGUGGACGAUUACAUGCUUACGAUCAACAUUUGAAUAUGAUCCUUGGAGAUGCUGAAGAAACGGUUACGACAGUCGAGAUUGACGAAGAAACUUAUGAAGAAGUUUAUAGAACAACUAAAAGAAAUAUUCCAAUGUUAUUUGUCCGUGGCGAUGGUGUUAUUUUGGUAUCGCCGCCUAGUAUGCGCGCUCAGUGUUGAUGGAUGUAACAUUUAUUUAUUUUCAUGUCAAUCAACAAUAUCAAAUAUGUA